CUAUAAAGCACGCAUUAUCACUUAGCACUAUACUGUAUAUGACUAUAACAUUUAGACCCAUAUCAUGAAUGAACAAACAAAAAUACAAGAAUGCCCUCGUAAACCGACUAUAUAUAAAUACCGCAGCCCUUCACUUCUUCCCUCCCUUUUCCUCCUCCUCCUCUGAUAAGCACGCGAUAAUUACCAUUCUGUCCAUAAUGGACUUCUCAGCAGGCUGCAUGCCGUGCAUCGACGACAUCGACAUGCAAGUCCUCGCGGCGAUGGCGGCAACACCGCCGCAAGUGGGCUUCGAAUUCGACCCCACAGCCAGCCCAUUCCCAGCUCAACCUCCGGCGACAGCCUCGCCCGAGGUCGACACAGCCGCCGCGGGGGAGUCUGAGUCCGCCGACGAGCGUCGCCUUCGGCGGCGGAUCUCGAACCGGGAGUCCGCGCGGCGAUCCCGCGCGCGGAAGCAGCGGCGCCUCGACGAGCUCCGCGACACCGCCGCGGUCCUGGAGCGCAGGGGGCGCGAGCUGGCCGCCGGCGCGCGCGCCGCUCGCGGCCGCCUGGCCCUCGCCCUGCUCGCCAACGCCGGGCUCCGCGCCGAGGCCGCCGUGCUGUCCCGCCGCCUCGCGGCCUCGGGCGCCUGUACGACGCCGCCGGCAGCGUCUGGCACGUGGACAUUGAGCAGACGAUCGCCUCGCUGAUCGCGUAGAGCGUGGAAUCGCGAUGCAGGCAUGCUAGCUGCAACCGCGUUUGCUCAUGCAUCCUGCUAUAGCGCCUGCGUGCACGACAGCACGAGCUUGUUUGAUCGGGGAAUAGCGUGAACGAACUUCAGUGGACGAUCGAUUAGCGUCCUGAAAGCAUGUAGACACUGCAGAACGUUAGGGCAUUAGCACCGAUCGGGAAGCGCCUGUUGCUCCGAUUCUCGAGCCGGUGCUGCCCUUCCGAGACUAAAGGGCCCACCCUUUAGUCCCGGUUCGGCGAACCGGGGCUAAAGCCACCAACCGGUGUUAAAGGAUCCUGCCAGGGCUACCACGUUACAGGACUCUUUAACACCGGUUGGUAGGGGUUCUUUUUUUUAUUUCACUUCUUCGGUUCUGUUUAUUGUUUGUAUAUA